AUGUCGACCUUUGCUCCUUUCCCGGCCAAGGGCCAAUGGGACGAUGAUAGUGACCGUCCAUCCACUCGUUCCUCUAAUGAGCCGCCAGAGUAUGCGGCUCAUAUCCGGUCGAGGUCAACUGCUCAUGUGAAUAGCCCGAAGCGUCUAUCAGUCUUCAGUGGCCGUUCCAGAAGCAAUACUACUACCUCGACCUCGACAACCUCUCGCCGGUCCCCAGGUUCAUCCAUGACCUCCGAAGGAUCAAUGCCUGAGGAGCGAACGGUGUCAUCGCUGGGCAUGCGUGCUGAUAAGGAUAAGCCGUCACGGUCCUUACUAGCACGUGGCAGUCGCAUUCUGCGCCGUCAAGGUAGCAAGAUCAACAUUGUCGCCACGCUGGACGAGGAAGACGAGGCGGAUCGCGAGAAGCCCAGGGCCGAGAGAGAGCUGUUUGGCCGUCGCGCCCGCCAUAGCGAAAACCAUGAACGUCUGAAGAGCAUCAUCUCAGACCCAUUCGACUUCCACCACUUGACUCAUACCAACCCGUCGCAAUUCCAGUUGUUGGAUCAGACCCGUGAGAAUGAUCUCGUCACCGAAUUCUCCGCCAUCCGUGCAUCUCAACGGCCCCAGACCGAUCUUAAAGGCAUCCGCGCCGAGAACAUUCAUUUCCGCAACUUCUCCACCGAAGACCUGGGUGCGUUUGGAACUGCCACCACGGUGGAUGUCCCCAGUGUCAGUCCACCGGCUUCUCCAGAUGGGUACCGUGGCCAUGCACGUCGGGAAUCUCGUGUGACCGAGAACUUCUCCCGGCCUGUCUCCAGAUAUCCCCGUUCAUGCCCUACCACUCCCCCGCCGCCUGCUGUCCCAGAGGCCCCUCUACCUGAAACUGCCGAGCCCGCUCCUCGGGCCAUUGAUGAGAUCCUAGGCUUGUCCACCAGCAUGACAUAUCCGGAAUGCUUGCAAUCUGCCCAGCCAACCCGUUUCUUCAGUCCCGAGCCCACAGACGAUAAGCCCAGAACGUCGUCCAUGAGUAGCCACUAUGAUCUAGAGGAUGUCCAGGAAGAGGAAGAGGAAGUGACUCGGUACUGGGAUAGCCCUGAGUCUAGUAUGGGAGGCCCUGUUUCCUGCGCAACUUCCCAGGCUAGUCCCAAGACCAGGGUCCGGUCAAGUCAGCCAAAGGCUCCGUUGUCGAUCGAUGUGGCCGAGGAGUUGUCCAGAAAGUUCUCCGAGGCACUUGGUUCGCCCACCCUGCCCCAGCAUCUUCAGCACACUUCUCAAGCCCAGGUCCAGGUGACGCCGCCUCCGACCUCCAGCGUGCGUCAAUUCUCGUAUGACGAUGAGAUGUAUGACUCGUGGGAUGCGGAUAUCGACUAUUGCUAUGAGCAUGCAGCCGAGUCCACCUCCAACUUUGACUGGUCGCGCACAUCUCUGGACGAGAACCGUCCACAAAUUGGUAUUGCCUGCAGUGAUGGUCCCUGGCUGUCACCAAAGACCCGACACCUCCAGCCCAGCCCGUUGAGCACCUCUGCUCUGCCCACUCCAGAUUUGGACCCUAGCCCUGCCCAGUCGGCUAUGCCGCACUCAGCCGCCACUCCUUGUGAUUAUGAGCCAGAUUAUAUCGCUCGGCCCGGUGACUAUUUCCCAGUCAGUUCCUCGAUCCUGCCAUCGUCCCUGGGCAAACAACUUCCUCACGAGCCGUUGUAUGAGGAGUACCUGGCAACUGAUGGAGAAUCAGAUCGUCACUAUCCCUUCUCGGGCAUGAUGGGCAACCCCAUCUCUCCCCGUAACAGCUUUUCCCCUAUCAGCAAGUGCAACUCCCAGGAGAGCUUGAUGCUCUCCCGCGCGGCCUCGAUUGCCCGCAAGCACCGCUCCUCGGUGUCAACCACCAGCGUACCGGAGCUCAUCCACAGCCUGUCCAGCAGCCGCGAGCUGAUGCCGACUGACCGUUUGACUGCCGUCGAAGCCCUGGCCCGCCCUUCUUCAUCUUCCAAUCAUCGCCAAACCAAGAGUCUGGCCGAGGCACACCUUCUUCAGAAUGCUGAAGAUGAAACCAUGCCUCCAUUCCUUCACGACCGGACUAAAUCCACCUCCGAGGUGGAAGUCCGAUCGAUCGAAGCCCCGCUGCCUCCGCUGCCUCCUAAAAAUCCCAACCGAAAGAAGAGCAGGACUCCAUCUUACUCUCUCUUCCCAACCACUGCUCAGUAA